GAAAUCUAUAAUUUUUCCCACCUUUUUUAGCUCAUGGUUGAGAGAGCAAUCUGGUGUCAUAAUUGGUAACGAUAAACAGCUGUCGUCUGUGUCAAACAGUAGUAAAGGGUUAACUGGAUUCCAGUUUUAAAUAGUGCAUUGUUCUCACUAAGUCUUGCUUCGGGAGUAGGGUGAAAGAGAAGGGGAAAGUCAGGGAAAGACGAGGAGAUUCAAGGGAGAGACAGGGAGAGGAAGCACUGGCAGGGAGAGACGGGUGGGACGGCAAAGUCGGGGAGAGAGAAGGAGAUCUAGGGAUGGACGAGGAGAACCAAGGAGAGGGAGGGAGAGACUCGUGGCCGGGUAUCGAUCGUCAGCUAGAAAACUACCCUUCGAGGAAGAGGCGCAGUGUGCAAAACCGACUACGUGCGGGUCGGUGGUGCCUGUGGUGUUCGCGGUCCACGCGGAUCUCUGGAGUUUUACUUUGUGCCUCGCAUUUUCAGUCGUCGUUUGGACGUGCUGUUUGGACCUAACUAGACUUUGUUUUCCUUGGAGAGCGGCUGAACAUCCACCACCAUGGCGUUCGCGGGGUUAAAGAAACAGAUUAACAAGGCUAAUCAGUACAUGACAGAGAAGAUGGGUGGUGCUGAAGGAACGAAACUCGACGUUGACUUUAUGGACAUGGAGAGGAAAACAGAUGUUACGUAUGAGUUGGUGGAAGAGUUACAAGCGAAAACGAAAGAGUUCCUUCAGCCAAAUCCAAAUGCUAGGGCAAAGAUGAUAGCUGUUAAGGGUAUCAGCAAACUCAGUGGUCAGGCAAAAGCGUCCACUUAUCCUCAGCCUGAAGGUAUCCUUGGGGAUUGCAUGCUGAUGUAUGGCAAGAAGCUAGGAGAGGACAGCAUUUUUGCUCAGGCUCUUAUUGAAAUGGGCGAAGCAAUGAAGCAGAUGGCGGACGUGAAAUAUUCGUUGGACGACAAUAUUAAGCAAAACUUCCUGGAGCCUCUGCACCAUUUGCAGACUAAGGAUCUGAAGGAAGUGAUGCAUCAUCGGAAAAAACUUCAGGGACGAAGGCUGGACUUCGAUUGCAAGCGAAGACGUCAAGCGAAAGGUUCUCACGUUUCAGACGAGGAGAUUCGUCAGGCCGAGGAAAAGUUUGCGGAAAGUCUUCAUCUGGCACAAUUGGGCAUGUUUAAUCUGUUAGAAAAUGAUGUAGAACAAGUAGCACAACUGGCGACAUUCAGUGAAGGACUUCUGGAGUAUCAUCAACAAUGCAUUGAGAUUUUAAGAACAUUAACAGAAACACUUUUGGAGAAGAAAGAUGAGGCGGCGAAUAAGCCAAAAAUGGAAUUCGUGCCGAAAACAUUGGCCGACUUACACGUCGAUGCAUUGCCUACAUCGGAUGCUAUGAAUGGUGGGAACUUAACCUUUCACGGGGCAAGUCGAGCUGGCUCUCCGAUACAUGUGGAUGGGAAGCGCUCGCAGCUCGAGCUAUUUCCAGCCGGAAACCCGCCACAAUCUGCCAAUGCUUCACCCUUGCCAUCUCCAAGUAAGUCUCCAGCAAGAACUCCUAUGACAAGACAACCUUGCUGCACAGCUUUGUAUGAUUUUGAGCCAGAGAACCCUGGAGAACUUGGAUUCAAAGAGAAUGAUACGAUCACUUUGAUUCAGAAGAUCGACGAGAAUUGGUUCGAGGGUAGCUUGAACGGUCGCACGGGUUAUUUCCCAGUAACUUACGUGCAAGUCGUAGUGCCAUUACCUUAAGAGGACGCGGUGCGCCCGAAACCAAAGACCCUGCAUUCGUUCACCAGCGUUUAUCAUGGAAAUUAUAUUACGCUCCGAUUAGUCGAAAUCUUUCCCUUGAGACUUCUCUACUUCGAUCAUUUGCGUUAUAAUCCUCAAGCUUAUUCUAAUGAUGGAUUCCAGAAUUGACUCUAUUCCGUUCCCUCUUUUUCUUAUUACCCCAAGAUAGGCUCAAUACGCAUGUUAAUGUACAUAUAUAAUGUUAUAAUGUCUUUUAUUGACGUAAGGACCUUCGCGAGCGCUGACAUAUUAUAUAUAUAUACAUAUAUAUGUAUAUAUAAAAAUACAAAUGUACAUGCAACUAUACGAUGAAGAGUGAAUCUAUCACACAAGUACACGAAAUGUAUACACACACGCGUACAUACACAAGUCACAUACAACAAUGUACCUACGACGACAGCACACUGUCAAGGGCGGCUCUUUUCUCAUUUUCUACAUUGCCUCAUGUAUCAUCUGCGUAACAUUGUUCGUUAGUUUUUCACCAAAGUUUAAUUGCACAAAGAUGUCGGAAUGGCAAGACUGCAUUGAAAUUCGGAUUAGCGCAGUACUGUCGCGUGUGGCUUAGGCUUCUCAUAGAAGAAAUGGAGAGGAAGACACGUUCUACAUUCUCCUUACUUACCCAUAUUUUACUACGUCUUUCUAACCUAGUUUUAAAACUUCAGUUUUAGGUUAGAUUCUCAUUACUCUUGUGGCUCUUUCAAUUCUCUUGAUUUUCUAAUUUUUUUAAAUCCAAGUAUCUUAAGUUUCAGAAUCUUCAUGACAUUUAGGAUUUCCUAGCUUUUUCUAGGAUUUCUCUGCAAUCUCUUACUUUUUAAUAAGACUUUCCUAACUUCUAAGAUCUUCAUUUUAGCUCAUCUUAAGAUUUUUCACCUUUUUAACAUGUUCCUGGGAACCUUUUAUUUAUUUUUAGGAGCUUACCGAAUUCUGUAAUCUCUCUGAUCUCUUUAAGAUCUCCUUGGAUAUUUCGUUCAAAAACUGAAAACAAAUAUUGAAAGCUAUUUACCCACUCUUCCUCUUAAUUAAGAAACCAAGAGGUGCGUACGUUGCACCCGACUGUACAUUAAAAAACAUUUUCUCUCGCAUCAAGUGUCUCAAGCUAAUCUCAAAAAUUGGUCGUACUUUUAGACACCAGUCGCAAUCGAAUUUCAGUUUUAGAAUUUCAUGUGGUCCGUCGGAUUUUCGAAGCGCGCGAUACAUUCAUUGUUCAUAUCAUGUUGUAUACUUAUUUCUGUACACUGUCGCUUAAAAAAGUAUUAGGACACUUACUAAAUUUCACAUGACAGUAUUUCUAAUAUAUAGGGUGUUCCGUAGCAAGUGGACCCCACUUUAAGGUCCUACCUAUGUAUAAUACCCUGCUACUCUAUCAUGGACAUCCAAUAUUUUGUACAAUUUUCAAUUUUAAAAUAGGUAAGAAUGUAGGAAUGAGUGAAAAACUUCAGAUGUCUAUUUUCCAAUUUUAUUAAAUCAACAGAAUUUUUAAUAUUUUGAGAAAUCUCUUUGGCUAUUAACAGUAGCCACAAUUUUUGAGGGCACACUUAUAAUACACUGAUCUAUUCGUGAUCUUUGUAGUGAUCAUUGUAGAUAAGGAUAUUUUUAGUAUGAUUAGACUUUUAGUAAAUUAAGCGUUCCACAUAAUCUUUAAGUAAAGUUGUUUUUUAGUAAACUAAACAUCCUUGAUCAGGUUUAAAUCAGGGAAAUUAUUGAACUAUUCUGUAUAUAAAGUAUAUAGAACUUAUUUCAUGUUAUAAACAAUAUUCUAAACAAUCUAACUGCAUUAAACUUGUACUCUAAAACUUGCUUUAUUUAAUAGUUCGAUGAGAAAGCAGCAAAUGCUUAAAAUUAUGGAUGUCCAUAAUGGAGUGGUAAGGCACUGUAUACUUAUACAAUAUCUCCUGAAUUUUUGUUGUAUUGGAGAUUAUAUUUUAUUGAGACUUGGCAAGUGUCUAACACUUUUUGAGUGGUGGUUUAUUUUUCUGUCGCAUAUUGAAGCGCACGGUUCCUGGUACGAAACGUUCAUCGAAUCAUGACGUACAUAUAUUUUGCGUUGGUCCGUACGGCACAGUGAAAACCGUAUAACUCGUAUUAUUAAUAUACAAUAUUCGUACGUUGUAUAGUGAUUCGUUUCCAUUCCUCUGUCGUUUAACUCGGUCGGUAACUCCCCAUUGCGUUCGUAUUAUUUUCCUUUUAAUUAUUUAGACGAUACCAAAUAGCUAUUAGGCGAUUUAAUUUAGGCGAUUUUUCAAAAUGGCGGCGAACCUCUUCCACGAAGUCGUCGAUUAACAAACGAACUAGUAUAUUUUCGAUCGUGAUUACGUUUUAAAAUGAACUGUAGAAUCUGUUGAAAUUGCUGAUGUAGUUCUCGCCACGAUAUACUAAGGUCGUAAAUCAAAAUUCUGUCAAGCGGAGCCCAAUGAAGUUAAAUUUUGUGUACUAUGAUUUUUGAAGAGCUUUACAAUCUUGUUAUAUCCUGGCGUAGAUUAUACAAUAAGUAGACAAUUACCUAGAUUUUUUUCCUUGACUUUGUACAAGAGUUCUACCGCCAGAACAAUGAAAGUAAUUAAAGAAACUUGGUUAUUUGUUGCCACGUGGAUUUUAGGUAAUCUUCAACAAAUACUUGCUAAGCAUAAUAUAUAUAUAUAUAUUAUAUAACGUUAGAGUAUAUUAACUUUACUUAAUUAUACGUAUGUUGUCGAUGAGGCCGACAACGGUGAUGACUAUGACGAUGGCAUUAUUAUUAUCGUUGAUACUGGCAUAUUUUUCCAUUACUGUUACGGUGAAAUGUUUAUAUCGUGAAACAUUCUUGGCCUUACCUUACAUUUUGAACCGUUCCAAAGGCAGUUUCAUAUAUAUAUAUAUAUGUAGUUGGUAUCUGUAAAUUAUGGUGGCACUUCUAGAACAACGUUACAAUACAUAUAUAGUACCAAUUAGCACUUUCAAUCCCAGGAUAACAACUGUAUAUAUAACUACUGUUGUAAAAUGUGUAAUAUGACAUAGUUACAUUUGAAAGCGUUAAGGACAACGAUAUGACGUCAUUCGUAAUAUAACGUUAUCCAUUAACACGUUCGAUUCCAGAAUAACAGAUGAUUCGACUUCUGUCGUUCUAAAAUGUGUAUUAUUACAUAGUUGGGUUUGAAAGUGUUAAAACAACGGUACAGCAUGAAAAUUGACGGACAUUAAACUAGUCUUUGAUUAAUACCUGUUAAUUAGUUAUAUCUUAUAAUAUCAAUUGAUCAUAAUAUAUUUUCUGAAGCAAAUAAUAAAAUCUGUUGGAUUGAAACGUUGUUCUGGUGUCAAUACAAAUUGUCAAGAAUGGAACUAAUGGAUUGAUUUAAUCAUUGGCUGACGUAUUCGAACACCAUAACUGCUGCUAUCGUCAUCAGCGUUCAGUUAAUUGCGAAUAUGAAAAGAAGACGUUGAUAUAUAAUUUUGUCUAUUGUAAUUAUCGUGAAGCAUGAAAACUUCUUUCGAAAAACUCGAAGUGUUAUCGAUGUUGUGCAAUAUUAAAAGUUUAACAUCAUGGUGUUUGUUCGGUUAUCGCUGGAUCAGUGUUUCUCAAAAAUCGUUGGAGAAGUCAACCAUUUUAAAUUCUCUUCGGGAAGGAAGCUCUCGUUCUUGUGAUUACGUCUUCGGCAGAGACACGCGUUUGCAAAAGAAUAUAAUUGUAGCGACUAGGUGCCAUACAAAACAUAAUGUUUUUAUAGUUAUUGUUUCAAAUUAAUACAUGUAACAACCAACCUAAUGUAUACUACAGCCCAGACAUAUUAGAACACUUACUGCACUUUACUCAAAAUCUUAACAAAUAGAAUGUGUAAUAUAAUGCGCUAAAAAUAUUGUAAUACAUACUUGAUUAUCAAAUCAUACUUUACUAAAUCAAUUUCUUUUGUAUUAAAAUACACUAAGGUAGAGUGAGAUUGAAUGAAUCAAGCAUCAAGAAACAUUUGCAUUCAAUUAUAUUGUACAUAUUUUGAGUAUUUGUUGUAUAUUUUUAAUUAAGUGUAGGUCACAUUAUUAGAGCAAGUGAUAGAGUGUACUAGUAUUAGUAGUAUAUGGUUAGAGAAGAGGAUAGAUUAAUAAAGCUAGUCAAUAUCACUAGUAGAAUAGAGUAGCACCAUGGUAGUGUAACUCUACCACCCCAAUGUAUCAGUAUUGGUAUAACUCUAACACAUGCUCCUAUGAUGUACUUUAAGUUUUAGCACUAUCCUACAUUGCCCAAAGGUAAUUAGAUAGUUAUACAAGUGAGUGUUGUAAUACCACUGGCUGAUAUUAUAGCUACAUGUCACAAAUUGUGAUAACUUGUUCUUUCAAGCGCGAGCAACUGCCAGGAAUUUUGUCAAUUAAUAAAAGUAUGAAAAUCGGUGGGGCAUUAGUUCCAAGCGUUUUCAAGGGAUUUUUGUAAAUCUUGUAACUUAUGUCCACACAUAAACGAUAGCAAUAUAAGCAUAUAUUCUUGGAACGAGAGACAUAUCAAACAAACUGUUGGAUAUUAUUUGAGAAACACUGUGCUGGUACUUACAAGAACCACGUAACAAAAAAGGAAAAAGCAAAAAAAAAAUCGUAUACAUGAUUGGUCGCGUAUUUAUUUGCGCAAGUUCGCAGCCACUUCCGCUGCUCAGGGACCUGCGACUAACCUCACAUUUUUUUUCGUCGUAAACACAAGAAAAGCGAUCGACGAUCGUGGAGGGGCAAAAGAAGAAUGAAAUGAAACGAUCUUAUAAAAUUACUAAAUCGGUAUCUUACUCUAUAAAUGUUGGCUAUUGUUAAAUGUUGAAUAUUGUUCUGCGGAGGGCUUGCCUCCUUUCGAACGAUGAAGCAUAACCGCUUCGAAUCGACGAUCCUUCUUUCUUACUUUUUCUUACUUGCUUCGAUCUUUUUUAAUUGGCGUAACUAGGAUUUCUGAGGUGGUUUCCCCAACUGUACUAAGUUAUUUUACAUCAUGUAAGCUUUAUCUCUUAAUAUCUUACAUCGAAGAUUCUUACGUGUAUUGAAGAUAGUUUUUUCGCAAUUCA